CUGCCACUUGUAAACAAACCCAGAAAGAACCCCACUUCGCUUUCAAGCACAUACAAUCCUGGACUCUGCAUACCAACCUAGGUACAACUACAACGCCAGCUGCGAAUAUUCCAAUUUGCUGCAGGCACUUUCAAUCUAGCCGUGGGCACCGAGUACCUCCUUUUCUUCAAUCUAUUUCCCCUGCUUGCCCGUCGUAUCUUCCUGCAACUCGCACUCUUUCAGUGCAGGACGACGACAUCUCUCACUGACAUCAAGCACCAAACCCCUUUCGAGGAAGACAACACUGCUCAAAAUGUCAAACUUCAUUACGAAUCUCUUUCCCUCCUCCCAGGCUGGCAAGCAUGAGGGGAUCCUACCUGUGCCCCCUCCUCCUCUCCAUACUCGCUCCAGCCAAAACGAGGCCUUCGAGCGACCAAACACUCCGACUCGAAAUAACUUCAUCACUCCAGCCUCAACCCCACAAGGUAGUCCGAGCAAGAACCGAAACCCUCCAGGUGCCAAUGAUCUAUCCACAGCUUUCGAAAAUGCUAUGAAGAUUGCUCCUCCUGUUUUCGGUGGAAGUCGCUCACAGGUUGGAACGCCGCUAUCACCAGGGAAAGGAAACACCUUGGCUGUGGAUGACUCGUACUUUGGCAACUCUUCUGGAGGUGUCGACGACAGUGUUUUACACAAAUCCGCAGUGUCACCAGGGAGCCCUCUGCGGAAGCAAGGAAAAGAAAAUACACCACCAGGAUCCAGACAUGGACUUGAGUCUGCCCAGAACCAAGCCGCAAUCUCCAGACAAGAGCCAUAUCAGACGCAGCAAACUACAAGAAAAUACAAUACCCAGCGAGGCUUGACCGCGGAGGAGUUAGAGAUCCUACACAAGCCAAAUGUCAAACGCCUUGCAAAUGUCACACAGCUUUACUUUCUUGACUACUAUUUCGAUCUCCUCAGCUACGUCGGCGCUCGCCAAAAUCGACUCAACCACUUCCGAUCCGAGUUUCCAGAACCUCCAGAGACUCCCGAGGAGACCUACAACCCAGUUUGGCAGAAGUAUGCUGGUAGGGAGCGUGCAAAUCUGCGAAAGCGUCGCGUUCGUCUUCGCCAGGGAGAUUUCCAGAUCCUCACACAAGUUGGACAAGGAGGCUAUGGUCAAGUUUUCCUGGCCCAGAAGAAGGAUACUCGUGAAGUCUGUGCACUGAAGGUUAUGAGCAAGAAGCUGCUGUUCAAGCUCGACGAGAUCCGACAUGUUCUCACAGAGCGUGAUAUCUUGACAAAUGCAAAGAGCGAAUGGCUCGUUCGACUUCUCUAUUCGUUCCAGGAUGAGAAGAGUAUCUACUUGGCUAUGGAAUACGUCCCUGGUGGAGAUUUCCGAACCUUGCUCAAUAACACUGGAGUCCUUGCGAACCGUCAUGCCCGCUUCUAUAUUGCUGAGAUGUUCUGCUCUGUCGAUGCCCUUCAUCAGCUUGGCUAUAUCCACCGAGAUCUCAAGCCUGAGAACUUCCUGAUCGACUCGACAGGUCACGUUAAACUCACAGAUUUCGGGCUUGCUGCUGGUUUUCUUGCUCCGGGCAAAAUCGAAUCUAUGCGCGUCAAGCUGGAGAAAGUUGGAGAGACAUACGUUCCUUUUGGCAAGCCGAUGGAGCAGCGUACGGUUGCUGAGCGUCGUGAAGGAUACCGGUCAAUGAGAGAUAGGGAUGUCAAUUAUGCGAAGUCAAUUGUUGGCUCUCCCGACUACAUGGCUCCAGAAGUCUUGAAGGGUGACGAGUACGAAUUCUCGGUGGACUACUGGAGUCUUGGGUGUAUGCACUUUGAGGCCUUGACUGGCUUCCCGCCAUUCGCAGGCGCAACAGUUGAAGAGACCUGGAAGAAUUUGAAGCAUUGGAGAGAAGUUCUGAAGCGGCCAGUCUGGGAAGAUCCAAACUACUUCAUCAGCAAUCGUACUUGGAACUUCAUUACUAGCUGCAUUGCAUCCAAGUCGAGGCGGUUCUCGUCAAUAAAGGAAGUCUACGAGCACCAUUACUUCGCCGAGGUUGACUGGACUACACUUCGCUCACAGCGCGCUCCUUUCGUUCCUGAACUGGACUCCGAGACUGAUGCUGGUUACUUCGACGAUUUCAGUAAUGAAGCCGAUAUGGCCAAGUACAAGGAAGUCCACGAGAAGCAGGAGGCUUUGGAGAACAUGGCCGAUAGAGAGGAUCCUAUGAGCAAGAGUCUAUUCGUCGGUUUCACUUUCAGACAUCGCAAGCCCGCAAACGAGGAAGGUGGGAAGUCGAGCCCAAGAAAAGGCAUUGCCACUGAUGGCACAUUUGGUACAAUGCUGUGAAUAGACAGCACAUUGGUCAAUACCCACUUCGCUUCUAUCUUCGCGUUAGGGACUUUUGACGGGCGGCGAUAGAGGAUGGGACAUUGCGGGAAAGUCGGUCUGUCUGGUGUCUGGCGUGCAAUGAGCUUCUACUUAGGCACUUGUCAGAGUGUUUAUCCAUGAUUGUCGGGGGGGUUCUCGUGCAUGUUUUGUUUCGGCCAAGCCGUCGUGUUUAGAGCUCGAGAUGAGAUUGGGCAAUGCUAUUCUAUGCUUGCGAAGCUGUACUAAUAGCUAUGAAUACAAUUGAUGACUUUACUACGAG